AUGAACUCAAAGAAAACUGAUCGGGUUUGAUCAUAAUGAGUCAUAAUGAAGGAAGAGAAUCGUAUUAUCGUAUGCAUGAUUCCCAAAAUUCUCCAGCACGGAUCGAACCGGAGAACUCAACGGCUCUUCACGUACGUCCGAAUCUUACUGAGGGCACAACAUCCAGCCCAAAUCUUGAUGGGAUGUUAUCUAGUCCAGAUCUUCAGUGGCUUCAGCUGUCCUCUAUACUUUUCCAAUCAGAGACCAACUUGGGAACAUUUUCCUCAUUCACACCCACCACCGUGCCCAACGGCCCCUGUUUGUCACAGUGCUCCAGCCCUGACCCGUCCUGUGGAGCAGUGGGAGACAGUUCAGUAGGACAUGCUGAAAAAUAUAUGUCCUCUGAGGAACUUGACAGGAUAAGGAUCCGCAGGGAAAGGAACAGAGUAGCAGCUGCCAGGUGUCGGGACCGCCGUCGGAUGCUUAUAGACAUGUUACAGAAUGAGGCGGAUCAUUUGGAACAUGUAAAGACUCAACUGGAGGAAGAGAUCGCUGCUCUUGAAAGGGAGAGAGAGAGGCUGGAGUUGGUUUUUGAGGCACAUAUGCCCAUCUGCAAGUUAAAUGACCUAAACCGAGAAUAAUUACUGAUGCUGGUCGUGUUUAGUGCUGAGUCUGCUGGUUCAGAUCAGCUGUGGAUUAUAUAACAUAAUAAGCAUAUAUUUGUUAAAGAAAGCGAAAUGUUAAAAUCUAUUUCAGUGAUACCUUGAGAAUUAUUAUCUUGCAUGCACAAUUGGUUUCACUUGUUUUCAUAAUAAACUACAGAUUC